ACAUACAUGAACAUAACUCAUUUUUUUCUCUCUUUAUAUUAACCCUUUCCAUUUCUCAACAUCAAAAUUUUCCAAAACCAAAAACAAAAAAAACUUCACCACCCUUUUCUCUUCUCUUUCUUAUGGCAUCUUCAUCAACAAGUAGUUUUGAAAAUAAUAAUAAUAAUAAUAAUCAUCAAAACUCUUUGAAUGGUUUCAACAAUUUCACUUUCUCAACACACCCUUUCAUGUCCACUACUUUCUCUGACCUUUUAGCUUCUCCUGCUUCUGCUUCUGCUUCAGAUGAUAAUAACAAUUCAAGGGGUGUGCCAAAAUUUAAGUCUACACCCCCUCCUUCUUUGCCUUUGUCACCUCCCCCUGUUUCUCCUUCUUCUUACUUUUCUAUUCCUCCUGGUUUAAGCCCUGCUGAGUUUCUUGAUUCUCCUGUUAUGCUUAACUCUUCCAAUAUUUUGCCAUCUCCUACAACUGGUGCUUUUGCUGCUCAAAGCAACUACAAUUGGAUGAACAAUUCUGAGGGGAAUCAGCAAAUGAGAAAGGAAAAUUUCUCUUUUCAAACCCAACAACAAGGGCCUGUUGUUUCUGCAUCCACAACAACUUUUCAAUCAUCAACUGUUGGUGGAGUUCAACAACAACAGCAAUGGAGUUAUAUAGAGAACACAAAUCAGAAUGCUUUUUCAUCCGAAAAGAAUAUGAUACAAACUACUGAAAAUAACAACUCUUCAAUGCAGAGUUUUUCACCUGAGAUUGCUAGUGUUCAAACCAACAACACCAACAAUGGAUUUCAAUCAGACUACUCCAAUUACCAGCAACCACAGCAACAGCCAACUCAAACCUUAAGCCGAAGAUCCGAUGAUGGAUACAAUUGGCGAAAAUAUGGACAAAAGCAAGUUAAGGGAAGUGAAAAUCCGAGAAGUUACUACAAAUGCACAUACCCUAACUGUCCUACAAAGAAGAAAGUUGAGAGAUCAAUUGAGGGACAAGUUACUGAGAUAGUUUAUAAGGGUACUCAUAAUCAUCCUAAGCCUCAAUGUACGAGGAGAAACUCGUCAUCAUCUUCUAAUGCUCUCGUGGUUGUUCCUGUUAAUCCAAUCAAUGAAAUCCAUGAUCAAUCAUAUGCAUCACAUGGUAAUGGACAAAUGGAUUCUGCUGCUACUCCCGAGAAUUCUUCAAUAUCAAUAGGAGGUGAUGAUGAUUUCGAGCAGAGUUCUCACCAAAGGAGUAGAUCAGGUGGUGCUGGUGAUGAAUUUGAUGAAGAGGAACCGGAGGCUAAAAGAUGGAAAAAUGAAGGUGAAAAUGAGGGUAUAUCAGCACAACCUGCAAGUAGAACUGUGAGAGAACCUAGAGUUGUAGUUCAGACAACAAGUGACAUUGAUAUCCUGGAUGAUGGUUACAGAUGGAGGAAAUAUGGACAGAAAGUUGUUAAGGGCAAUCCAAAUCCAAGGAGUUACUACAAAUGUACACACCCUAACUGUCCAGUGAGGAAGCAUGUUGAACGUGCUUCGCAUGAUUUAAGGGCUGUGAUCACUACUUAUGAAGGAAAACAUAACCAUGAUGUCCCUGCUGCUCGUGGAAGCGGAAGCCAUUCUGUGAACAGACCAAUGCCAAACAACCCUUCAAAUCCAAACAAUGCUGCAGCCAGGCCUCUUCAGAUUCAGAGGCCACAACAAGCACCUCAAGGACAAUCACCAUUCAACCUUCAAAUGCUGCAGGGCCAAGGAAAUUAUGGAUUCUCAAGGUUUGAGAAUCAAAUGGUGCCUUACAUGAAUCAACAACAGCAGCAGCAGCAACAAAUGGCUGAAAAUGGUUUUUCUUCUAGAGCUAAGGAAGAACCUAAAGAUGACAUGUUCCUUGAAUCUUUGCUUUGCUGAAAAGAUUCUUUCAUUUUUAGUAGAUAAGGAAGGUUGGAAAUUUUGGAAAGUGGGUCUAGGAUUUUCUUUAUUUUUACAAAUAAGAUAAACUUCAUUCCAUUUAUUGCAUUUGUUUUUUUGGAGUUUGGUUUUUUCUUGUAAAGUUUAUACAGGAUGGGUUUGGUUUGGUAUACAUUUCACAACUUUUAUUUUCCAAUACACAAGGUUUUUGUGCAA